CUCUCUGUCGAGCACCAAGUCCUCCGCAAGUUCAUCUGUACUCCGGGAAUCGUUCAGUGCCUCGACGGAGGGCCUUUGGAGAAGAGAAACGGAAAGAGAACUUACAAAUUGCUCUUGGAGUACGCUUCUGAAGGCUCUCUAUCCGACUUGAUUUUGAAGUACGGCGGAGAAGAAAGUACCGGAAUUCCGGAUAAUCACGUCAGGAUUUACACUCAGAUGAUCCUCCAAGCUCUCUCCUCGAUCCACUCUCUCGGCUACGUCCACUGUGAUAUCAAUCCGCGCAACAUUCUAGCCUUUCCUGGGUCGCCGGCGGCCGCGGCAGAGUCCGGAAACAGGGGAGAGGAGGGGAUUCGGAAAUUGAAGGUCGCAGAUUUCGGAUUGGCGGUAGAGACGUGGAAGCUGAUUCAAGGGAGUCAUAACAAGCACAGGGGAACGACGAGAUAUGUGCCGCCGGAGGUGGUGGUGGAUGGGAGAGUGACGUCGGCGAUGGAUAUUUGGGCGUUGGGGUGUACAGUUCUGGAGAUGCUCACCGGAGAGAUACCGUGGACCAGGCUGCACGACGUUGAGGAUGUGUUAAUGGAGGUCAGGAACGGAUGCCAGCCGGAAUUUCUAGGGUAG